AUGCUUUGGUAUAAAAUUAAGCUCACGGUUUAUCUAAAUGUCAAAAACCAACAGGCACCAAGAAAUCACAGGGUGCUAUCCUGCAGGUACAGCACUGGAAGAGGGAACCCACGACUGAUCUACUCCCCAGUUAAGGAGGAGGAUGAGUGGGACCAUCCACCGAUCAUCAGAUACCAUAACUUCUUAUCUGACAAAGAGAUUGAGACCCUAAAGAGACUGUCAAGGACAAAGCUGGAAAGAUCUCAAGUUACAGACGAGUACGGAGAUCAUGCCACUGAAAACCGUGUUUCAAAAAGCGCUUCGCUGUUUGAAGAGGAGGAUCCUGUUGUUUCCCGCAUCAGUCAACGAAUAGCUGAUGUCACUGGGUUGGAUAUGGAGACAGCAGAGAUAUUGCAGGUUACAAAUUACAGUAUUGGUGGUCAUUUUAAGCCUCACUUUGAUACACAGAAUUGGAAUAAUCACCAGAGGAUUGCUACCUUCCUGACCUAUAUGACUGAUGUUGAGUUCGGAGGAGCCACUGUGUUUCCCAACAUUGGCGUUGCUUUACAACCACAGAAGGGCUCGGCUGUGUUUUGGUACAACCUUUUACGAAAUGGGCAGCUGGAUGAGCGAACGCUCCAUGCUGCAUGUCCUGUGGUUGCGGGCAGCAAAUGGGUUGCAAACAAGUGGAUCAGGGAACAAGGUCAAGAAUUCAGGAGGCCUUGUGCUUUGUCUGAGUGGGUUUAAGAACCUUAAAGCAAAAGGAUACCCUUCUGAGCCCAAAGAACAUCUCCAGCCUGUCUCUCAGAUGGGGUCGCAAUGGACUGAUGCUACAUAAUCGCAUUGAUUUUCAGAAAUAUUUCGGAUUUGUCAC